AUAAACGUCUGCAUCUGAAUAAAGGACCAUGUUGCUGCCAGCCAGGAAGUAGGGCCAAGUACCGGGGCGAGCUCCCGGACAUUCAACCGGCACCAGAGCUCCUCUUUUGCGGGAGGUAGUUGGACCCAUUGUUGCAAGUGGGGACCGGAAUCAGACGAUGCACGCCUGCUGAGGGGCGCGGACGGCAGGGAGAGGGAGCCCGAGAGCAUCGGUGCGGCUCAUCCGGAUGGUGCUGAAGCUGCUCACGGGAAAACUGAAAAGGGCGGAUGCGUAUGCUUUCCACUCGGUCAGUUUGCUCACCCUUCCGGAUUUUUUGGUGUGAAUCUUGCAACUGAGCCUUUUGCAUCCCUCGGUGACUGAACCGGGAGAACUGCGCGGGGAGGGUGUGGGGGAGUCAAGCCUGCGCGGCUCCCGGUGAACGCCGACGCCGGGCCUUGGAGCGAGUGGAGGAUGCUGGGCAGAUGACUUGAAGCACGCAGAAGAAAACUACUAGGAAAAGCGAAACAAAAUGGAGGAGGCUGCUCUCGGAGCUUCUCUGCCGGCUGCGCAGGCCCCCGAGGACGAAUCCAUGACACAGCAGGACGAGGCCCUGCUAGAGGAAGAAAUGGAGAGACUGUUGGAGGAAAACGACUACCUGAAGUGCGAGAUUGAGGAGAUGAGGGCCGAGAUGGACGAAAUGCGCGACACAUUCUACGAAGAAGACACAUGUCAGCUGCAGGACAUUAAGCGUGACCUGGAGCGGGCAAACAAAAACUGUCGGAUCCUGCAGUACCGCCUGCGCAAGGCCGAGAGGAAGCGGCUGCGCUACGCCCACACGGGGGAGAUCGACGAGGAGCUGCUUAGGAGCCUGGAACAGGACCUCAAGGUGGCCAAAGACGUGUCGGUGAGGCUGCACCACGAGCUGGAGAAGGUGGAGGAGACCCGCGCCAAGACCGAAGAUGAGAAUGAGAAACUGAGACAAAACCUCAUCGAGGUGGAGGUGACCAAACAAGCCCUGCAAAACGAAUUAGACAAAACUAAAGAGAAGAAACGAGGAGGUAAAGACAUUCAAAGGACCGACAAGAAAGCAGCGCAGACUCCCACUGAGGAGGACAACGAGGACCUUAAGUGCCAGUUGGCCUUGGUCAAAGAAGAGGCCAUCCUCAUGAGGAGGAAGACUGCGACCAUCGACAAAGAAAAAGACCGUCUGGAGCAAGAGCUGCAGAAGUAUCGCUCCUUCUACGGCGAAUUGGACAGCACCCAUCCCAAGGGCGAGGCCGGGGGCCCGCCCUCCACCCGUGAGUCCGAGCUCAAGCUUCGCCUCCGCCUAGUGGAGGAGGAGGCUAACAUCCUUGGGAGGAAAAUCGUUGAGUUGGAGGUGGAGAACCGAGGCCUUAGAGCUGAGCUGGACGACCUCCGCGGUGAGGGCGAAGGGGAGGGCGGCUCCGGUGUGGGCUCACCGGGUGGCCCAGGUCGAGGGCUCGGGGACGACUUGACGGAGCUCAGACAGCAGCUGCAGCUGGUGGAGGAUGAAGCCGAGCUUUUGAGGAGGAAUCUCGCCGAUGCAGAGGAUCAGAACCAGAGGGUGACCAAUGAGCUGAACAAAAUGCGAUUCAAAGCCGGCACCCACGAGGGCGGGGCCCGGCACGGGGGAGUCUCGGGGGUAGGGGGGAUGGACGGAGCGAAGGCAGAAGCCCUGCAGGAGGAACUGAAGGCGGCCAGGCUUCAGAUCAAUGACCUAAGUGGCAAGGUGAUGCAGCUUCAAUACGAGAACCGCGUUCUGUUGUCCAACAUGCAGCGCUACGACCUGGCGUCCCACCUGUCCCUGCGGCCCAGCCCGAGGGACAGCGACGCAGAGAGCGAUAGCGGCGGCGGGACGAGCGGCCGUCGUGAAAGCGACGAGGAUUCCACCUCGUCCCGCCUGCUCCCCCCUCACCGCAAACGGGAGGGUCCCAUCGGCGGGGAGAGUGACCCGGACGAAGUCAGAAACAACAUCAGCGGCAGUCGUUGCGCCACGCCCACCAGGGGUCUCCUCACACCGUCCGGGCCCGAGGGGGCCGCCUCCUCCCCGCUGGCUCGCUUCCUGCCCGGCGGGCGCUGCGGCCUGCGCGACAGGCAGCAGAUAAUCGACAUCCGCGUAGAAGCCGAGAGGCUCGUGCGGACCAUCGACCGGCUGAUCGCCGACACGGCGGCUAUCAUCUCGGAGGCGAGGGUCUACGUGUCCAACGGCGAGCCGCUGCAAGGCGGUGGCGAGGACGACGGGAGCCGCAUCAGGGAGCACGAGCUGCUGUAUCGCAUCAACGCCCAAAUGAAAGCCUUCAGGAAGGAACUACAGGCCUUCAUCGACAGACUUGAAGUGCCUAGACUGGAGGACAGGGAGGCCGAGGAGCCGUUGUCGAUGUUCCAGCCCAUCGUUUUGCUCAUCCUCAUACUCGUGUUGUUCUCGUCCCUCUCGUACGCCACCAUCUUCAAACUGGUCUUUCUCUUCACCCUAUUCUUUGUUCUGUGAUUGUACUAUGCCUUCCUCGCCCCACCGCUCCUUUCUUUUAUCUACGUCCACCCCCUUGUUGGUUCUUCUCUGUUGAUUUGAUAUUUUUUGUUCCUUUCCCCCUCACCGCAUUAUUUGUUGCCAAGGUUACCAAAAAGCACAGGGGAAAACGCUUCACUUACCUGCCACGUUCCCGUGACCCUUAACGCCCCACGGAAUAAGUCCCGGUAAAAGUGUUUCCCCGAGUCAGCCAUCUAUCACUGUGGUGCACUGCGGCAUCCCUGCCAUCACUAACAGACGAGGGAAGUGAAACACAAUCGCCAUAAUAAAAAAAAAAGGGGGCCCUCAGGGUGUCGCCUGACCCGCGCC